AUGUUGCAGCGCGCUGCCGAUGCAGGUGUAAAAGAGUUUUACUUGCCCAAUAUUGACAAAGACAGUAUUGACGACCUUAAAAAACUAGCCCUGGCCCACGAGAAUAUUUUUCCCAUGAUGGGCCUCCACCCGAGCCACGUGAAAGAAGAUUACCAGGAACACCUUGCGGCCGUCUUUGAAGAACUGGAGGGCGACACCAAAUACCAUGCGGUAGGUGAAAUUGGCAUUGACCUUUACUGGGACAAAACGCACAUUGCCGAGCAGCAACGCGCCUUUGGCAUUCAAAUAGAGAAAGCCAAGGAAAUGGGCUUGCCCAUUGUAAUUCAUUGCCGCGAUGCCUUUGACGAAACUUUUGCCGUACUGGAAGCCCUGGCCGAUGAAAAAAUGUAUGGUAUUUUUCACUGCUUUACGGGCAACCUCGAGCAGGCGCAAACCGCCAUAAACCUGGGCCUUAAGCUGGGCAUUGGCGGUGUUGUAACCUUUAAAAAUGGAGGCUUGGACAAAGUAGUUGAGAAAAUUGGCCUGGAACAUAUUGUGCUGGAAACAGACGCCCCCUACCUGGCUCCGGCUCCCUUCCGCGGCAAGUUUUCCAACUUGCUAAAGCAGAUUCCUGAAUUGCGCCUGAUGAAUUGCGAAAUUGACACCGAUAGCCUGGAUAGCCCCAUCGAUUCAUCUUCCUUGGGGCCUGAACAUUGGCAACGUUUGGCCAACCGCAUUUAUAAAGAUUAUCACCUGUACGAUGGCUUUGUGGUUUUGCAUGGCUCCGACACCAUGGCUUACACCUCUUCGGCCCUGAGCUUUAUGCUGCAAAACUUGUCAAAACCGGUGAUAUUAACCGGCAGCCAACUGCCUAUUGGUAUUCCCAGAACCGAUGCUCGCGAAAAUUUGCUGACCAGCAUUGAGUUGGCCCUGGCACUAAAUGAUGAGGGAGGGGCACGCGUGCCCGAAGUGGCGGUUUAUUUUGAAUACGACCUCAUGCGGGGAAAUCGUUUGCAUAAAAUAAGCACCCAGGAUUUUGAGGCCUUUCAGAGCUUUAAUUACCCCAAACUGGCGGAGGCCGGGGUGAAGAUCAAGUACAACGACAAUUACAUAGCGCGCAGCUCGCUGAGCUCAUUUAACGUAAAUACCAAACUGGAUAGCAGGGUUGGGGUGCUCACCAUAUUUCCGGGCAUGCAGCCUGAGUUUGUGCAGCCAGUGCUGGAAAACAAAAACCUGCGGGGCAUUAUCAUAAGAACCUUUGGCAGCGGCAACAUUCCCGAUCAUCCCUGGCUUUUGAAGGCCAUUGAGCGCGCCAUAGCCCGUGGUGCCAAAGUGGUGAAUAUUACGCAGUGUGACGGAGGGGGCGUGUUUAUGGGGCAGUACGAAAGCAGCCGUAGCCUCACGGUGCUAUGGGGCAAAGAGCUGGCUUUUGCGCUUUUCCAUUUCCUCGGCAAUACGAGCGGCAUCGCCACCCUUGUGCUGCAGCUCUUCUAUGAUGCGCGU